AAUUUGAAACCCAAAAAGCCCCAAAAUCGCUCAUUGACUUCUUGAGCAAUCAUGGGUUCUUGCAAACCCAAAUCCGAAACUUCAUCCAAAACUGUUCGAACUUUCUUUUGUGCAAUCCUGAGAAAUUUCCCCUUCCUCUUUAGAUCUGUGUUUGACUUCAUCUUCUCUUCAGAUCUGGGUUUGAUUUCAUCUUUUUCCUCAUUCCUUUCGUUUCUCAUCCUUCUUCUGUUUUCUUCUUAUUCUUUCUCUCUUUCUUCUCCCUUCUUCUUCCUCUCCAGAUCUGGGUUUCAAACCCAGAUCUGGGUUCUCACGUAUGUUACAAUCCAAUCAACACAACACCCAAAAUCUCCGAUACCUCCCUACAAUGGUGUAUUCACAGACCUGGUUGCUCCUCCAGUUUGGGCCACAAGAAGUCGACCUUGGUGGAGAGACAAGCACCCGAGGCGAUGGCAACGGUUGUGAUAGCAACGUGGGUGAUGGUGGAGGCGAUGGCAUCGGCUGUGCUAGCGACGUGAGUGAUGGUGGAGGCGAUCGCAACGGCUGUGACGGCGACGAGCGAAAGGCCGGUUCAACAAGCCUAAGAAAACCCAGAUCAAACCCAGAUCUGGGUUUUCAAACCCAGAUCUGGAGAGGAAGAAGGGAGAAGGGAGGCUUUGAUUUUGAUUUUGAUUUUGAUUUUGGAGAGAAAGAAUAAGAAAGAUGAUCUGAUUGGUUUUUAGGGUUUUUAAUUUGAAAAGGAAAUGAAAGGAGAAACGAAGAAAACUGAUUUUUGGGG